GUUUUAUUGUUUACAUUUUCUCACCCCAUGAUCUCUUAAAACGCUGUCAGUUACGUGGUGAGUUUUAAAAUAAGACGAAAAAUUAUUUAAUGUUCAAAUCUUUGACAUCUACCCGUGAAUCUUCAAGCUAUUACAAACAUGGUCGUUUGAAACGUUGUUACAAAUAAUACACACGGAGUAGGUUACGUAAAAACAACGUCCCGCGUUUGUGUGAUGGACUGCAGCGCGAGCGUGAACAAAAGGUGCGCAAAACGAGCAACGCCACAAUACCACCUUAAAUCAGUCGCUAGCGGAGGAUUCUCUUCGCAAAUAGUCCACCUUAAGCGCACAAAGUGGGUAAACGCAGGCGUAGAGCGAGGCUUCCGCUUCAUUCCCAGCCGGGCUCUGAGCGGAUCGCAGCUCUUCAGCGUCACUUCGGAGACGAGAGAGGCGCUCGGCCAAAGCCAACUGAACCAGUACCGCAACAUGUCGGAGCCAAAAUACCGCGAAUGGAUCCUGGAAACCAUCGACUCCCUGCGCUCGAGAAAAGCCCGACCCGACCUGGAGAGGAUCUGCCGAAUGGUCCGAAGGAGACACGGGUCAGACCCGGACCAAACCAGGGCAGAACUAGAAAAACUGAUCCAGGAGCAAACUGUGCUCAAAGUUAGCUACAAAGGCUCGAUUUCGUACCGCAACGCCGCGAAAGUGCAAAGGAAAUGCCGAAAGAGGACGGAGCAAGCCGACAGCACCAGCGGCAGCGGCGAGUCGGUGGCUGAACAAACCAAACACGCCAGUUUUAAUAACAACGGCGACAGCGCGCACAGUCUCACGGACCAGGAGGACUGCGAGGAAAAAGAGCCCGAGAGCCCUGAUCCCGUCCCCCAAAUCUCCGUCUCCACUUUUGGAAAGGAAGAAAAGAUUUUGCCAGUAACUAGCGGAAACAGUUUUGUUAGUUGUGGCGCAACGGUACGCUCCGUGGGGAGCGUCAAAGCAAGUGCACCGAAAGACAAGAGAUUAAUCGCUCAGGCGGGGGGGAACGGCUCCUCUCCCCACCGCGAUGACGGGGCGGCUGUUUGCGAUGCUUCAAGUGCGAGCACACGGGCCGAAGGAGAAAAUGCGCUCGGCGUUGGCCACGAGGAGGAGGGCAGAGAUGAAAAAGAACGGAAAACUUGCUCGAGCGCCAGUUCGGCCAUCAGCAGGAGUCCGUCUCUGAGGAACAAGCCCUCCGCGCCCCCGAAACCCAAACUCAAGGUGGGAGCAAAGGGGUGCAGGACGCGCUGCGCGGUGGAGAAGAGUGCAGAUCUGGGCGAUAGACUCGUCGACGCGGUCCGAAGUCUGUCCGAGAGACACCGGGGCUCCGCCGCAACACGGGGCCACGCGCCACUGGGACUGAAGGAGAUACUCGUUUACUUCAGCACGCAGAGCGGGGUGCCCGGCGAGAAGCUGACCCGCAACCGCGUCAAAGUGGUGCUGGAGCGUGAGAUCGAGCGGGGUCGACUCGGCAGAACGCGGCUCGGCCACAUCACUCUUCUCGCGAGGGGGAUGGGGGCGGCCAAGCCGUCCGCGCGACUCCUGAAAAGCGCACUGCAGGACAGACAUCUCUCGAAAAAGGAAGAGGUGAAGGAUGAAGAACCAAUGGCGACAGAGGGGGAAGAGGAUGGAAAAGCGGGAAGUUUAGAAAGCAAAGAAGAGGACAUCACUGACGGGGGUCCGACAGGUGUUGACCCAAUCUCAACUGACAGGGAGGUUGUGACCGAUAAUGGCACCGUCUCAACAAUGUCAACUGAGGGGAAAUCCCAGCCAUCUUCAUUUGUAGAGUCAUCAAACCAAUGCUCCCAACAGGAAGUAGACGUGGGUGGAACUGAAGAGCAGACAGUGUUUGCUGAGCCUGAGGAUGCUGGUAUUGAGAGCGGUACAGCUUCACCUGAUCAACUACAUCCUAACACAGAGGAUCAGGCAAUUGUGAUGUCAGAGAGUGUAACGGCUCCAUCAUCAAUAGCUAUAAGAAACUGUUCAGGAAUUAAGCUGGAAGUGGGAGUUUCAUCAUGUCUGCUGACUCCGUCUGCCUCCCCAGGAGCAGCUGAAGAACGAGGGAUGAAUGAAGGAAUAGGCGGCUUUGUGAAGCUGGAGACAAGUGGCGUGAAUCCGAUUGAUUGGACGGUAGCAGAUGUGGCCAGCUACUUCACUGCGGCUGGAUUCCCCGAGCAAGCCCUUGCCUUCAGGACACAGGAAAUUGAUGGAAAAUCCCUCCUCCUCAUGCAGAGGAACGAUGUGCUAACAGGCCUGUCAAUCAGGCUUGGUCCCGCCCUUAAGAUCUAUGAGCGUCAUGUCAAAGUUCUUCAGAGGACCCACUUCCAGGACGACGAAGAUUUCUGCUGAUACACACACACACACACACAUCGGCUAUUGACAAAUGAAUGAACGUAUACAAACAAUAUUUACUCAGAUUCCAGACGUGUAUAUAGUGAUGCUAUGUUGAUUUUUCUCCACCUGAAUAGUAAAAACAUUCCAAAAUUCUUGUUCCUCUCACAUAGUCACACGCACACGUUUUUUUUUAUAUGCACACCUAUAAAUUGUGUGAAAAGAAACUGAAAAUAACAAAAAUGUGGAAAACUAACAUGGAAUGAGAUUGGGACAAAACCUUUUUUUUUUAAUGAUUCCCGGUUUUGUGCUGCUCUGAUAUGUUGCUCGGGACACUGAAGUUCAUUUCAUCAACUGGAUUUUAUCUUCUUAGUUCGGUAGAGGACAGAACCGCCUGCUUUAAAUAUUUCUACAAAAUCCAAAUUCUGGAUGUUUACCGUUUUGUUUCUUUUCCUGCAAUGAUGAACAAGCUGGAUGUCGGGUUACAUUUCGAGAGGACAAUGGAGACUGGAUAAUUAUUCCCGAGCUUCAUUGUAAAAUUUCUGAACCAACUGAGGGACAACCUGUUAAUCCAAUCUUUCCUGUACCUCAGAUGCGGACCGGAUUAUUUCCACUUCGGAUUCAAGAAGAACUUGAUU